CGAUCAGUUAGGCAGGACGUCUGCGAGAGCCACCCCCAUUGCGCAAGUCGCGGCACUUACGAAAACUUGCACCACUCGAAUAUUUGUCACAGUUGGUGAUUCCGAAUUCUCUAAAGUGCAUACUGACUGAACGUUUUUAAAGUGAAUAAAACUUUGAUAAUUUUACCCUUUUGUGUUAGGAAUUAGUUUCUUUAACUGUGGGUGUUAAUUAACAUCAGCAAAUGAAAGUGACGCAUUGAAACAAUGAACAUUAGUAGAUGAUCAAAUCAUAGUAGCAGAAGGAACGGCGCAAUAGCUCAAAUGUUAAAUAGACGAGAUGCAUGUCAGUUGACAAAAACCAACACCGCCGGCUGAAGUGUGAUGACAAGUCUGAAGCUAAACAGCUGAACAAUCUAUGAUCUAAAUGCCUUAUUCAAGAGGCCCGCGCGCUGCCGCAGGCGCCGAGCAUGUUCGACUCGACCAAGGGCGCACUGCUCGUUGCGCCAUCUCUUUCUAACAGCUCGUGUUGGAUCAACGGCAGAGGCUGGCCUUCCACGUUCCCGGCACCUUCGGAUAUUUUGAAAGCGUUCUUCAUAUUCGCGUUGUCUAUGGCAAUCGUGUUUGGCAAUCUAGUUUUGAUUUGCGUGCUGAAUAACAGGAGGUACAUCAAGUAUAUCGAUAAUCAGCCAAGAUAUCUCCUAACGUCGCUUGCUCUCAACGACUUAUUCACUGGAAUCUUGAUAGCUCCAGUGGCGCUUCUGCCAGCCCUCUACAAGUGUUGGCCCUACGGCGAGAUAUUCUGUCAGAUACAGGCACUAUUACGAGGAGCAGUGAGUCAACAAAGUGCGGUGAUAUUAGUCUGUAUGGCGAUAGACAGAUAUUUGUAUUUGCUUCACCCAAAUACUUACCAUAAACAUUCAAGUAAAAAGGGUUGUGUGCUAGUAAUAAGCAUAACUUGGAUUUUGUCAGUAUCUCUCUUCGCAAUAAUGGUGCUGCCCAGGUCGGGAUACUACUUCAACUCUACGGGGUUAAUGGCGUGUGAUGUUUUUCAUAGCAGAGUCGCUUUCAGGAUCCUUUCGUGCUGCGCUUAUUAUUUUCCGACUACCAUGGCACUUAUGUAUUGUUACGGAUCAGGGUUUCACGUAAGUAAGAACAGAAGCAAAUGCGACUUGGAGCCAAUGAGACCCAACUGUGUGCCCGUAACAUGUGCUAAGACUUCGCAUGGAGAACACGAUAUUGUGCAACAGAUACAAGCUCCAGUAAGGCCUCACAGUGUAAGCACUUCUCGAACUAUGGCGGCGAUGUCACUCGGCUUCAUAGUCAUGGUCACACCAGCAACCAUACAAGAAGUUGUAGCGGCUUGUACGGGGUGUAAGGUGCCGCCUUCAUUAGAUUUCAUCGUAACGUGGCUAGCACUAAGCAACAGUUUCUGGAAUCCAUUCCUUUAUUGGCUUCUCAACAGCCACUUCAGGAGGAUAAGCAACGAACUCCUACAAUAUUAUAUGUGCUGUCGAAAACCAAAAUCAUUUCACAGUUACGAAAAACCGACCGGCUGCUGCGGGUCUCCCGUAACUUCAGAUGGUAUGCAUUCCAAAGGUGAAUUUGAUGGACUCGGUGAAAAAUAUUGGGGCGAAAUUCUAGAACGCACAGUAUCAUCCACGUCGCUACAUGCAAUACAAAAAACUUGUCAUAGAGACCCUCUCAGAUGUACAGGGUCUUUCAAAGGCUGUCCAAGUGGUAUAUGUAAGCAAGAAUCGAGAUUUUUUGAUGGCUAUGGACCCACAGAUUAUAGGCAUCUCGACCGUUCUGCCUUCCAAAUAGAAUCGUGUUCAAGGCAAUGCAGACUGAAAAACUCUGACUUCUGUCUGUUCAGACCCAGUCCGGGUCUCGAAUGUGGACGCUCGCGUUCCAACUUAAGCUUGGACGAGGGCAAUUUCAAUAAAACUUGUAACGCGAGACAUCCGGAAUUGUGAGAGUUCCGAAACUGUCCGGUUUUCGGGCAUAGAAGCAAUAGUAUAGGUAUGUAUCCAGGUGUAGAACACUUUAAUUCAAACAUCAAAUGGAAAUUUGAUGAUUCGCCUGGUGUGGUUGAUGAUAUGCACACCUUAGAACAUAAUCUCGACAGAAUUCGAAGUCUCAGCCACGAAAGAAACUUCAACGGUUACGGCUUAAAAGAUAACGAUAAUUUAUUAGAAGUUGAAGUGAACGAUAUAGUCGAAGAUGACUCUGAUGAAAAUAAAGACUAUAAUGGUAGUGCUCGUGAAAGCUGUGAAGAAAAAAGUGAAUAUAGCGGUACACAUAAAUUUUCUCGUAACUCCUCGCUGUCCAAUAGAGAAUUGGAUGUAAUCAAAGAAAGCUCAAGAAGUUCUAGUGAUACAGAAGUGACAUUGACGCGAUGACUUCCGAAGGUGACUUUUGACAAAGCAGUGAACGUUGUUCAUUUGGAGUUAUCUCCGGAACAAAGAUAUCAUUGUAAUCAAAAGUGUGUAAUGACAGACGUAAGAAAUCCGUAGUUGUUUGACGGGUAGAUAGACGAACACUAGAUUUAAGUGUAUGUGGACCAGUAGAUUCAGGUCUAAUUUUGUAAACUAUUCCAUAUUAGUUUCGAUAUUUAUUAUGCAUUUUAGAGAAGUUAAUAAAGCAUGAGAAGUGUGCCAAAUAUUAUAUAAACCUAAGUAAUUUAUGAGAUGAGUCAAGUUUGACGAUUAAAUGAAGGGAAUUUGACUACAUUGUAGUCUUUACCAGUCGUGGUCGUAAAUAAUGAUGCAGUUGUUUAAGUAGUAAUUUUGUAUGUUUUGUAAUAGCUUUAAAAUAACCCAAACAAUAUUUCAAACUUGAUUUUUUAGAUCUAUGAAAAGUUUCUCCUUUCAAAUAAAUCUUGUUUUUAUCAAAGUAUUUAAUUUAUAAUUAAUAAGUACACCUUCUUGAUAAAAUAAAAUUUUGUUGUAUGUUUAAACUAUAAUAGACCUCUAUCAUGAUACAUUUACUUUAAUUGUUCCAUAUGUGUAUAAUAAUAACAUAAGACUGUCUCAAGUUUUCUUAAGAAUAUUUGAAAUCGCACAAUACAUUACUUUUCUUCUAUAUAAUAAUAACAAAUUGUUGAUGUCUACCUUAAUGUUAAUGCAGCAAAAAUGAGAGAAA